UUACAUGAUUUUCAUUCAACACAAUUAAUUGUAGAACAUAACUUUCUUUCUUUCUUUCUCUUUCUCUUUCUCUGAACCCAACAAUGGCUUCAAGUGGCGAUGCAGCACCAGAGUUCUACCAAAACGUCGUCGUAAUGCGCCACGGCGAUCGCAUGGACAACUUCGAACCCAUGUGGGUCUCCUCCGCUGCCCGACCCUGGGACCCGCCCCUGGUCCAACAGGGUCGGGUUCGAGCCUUUGCCACGGGUCGCGAGUUCCGCAAAAAUCUACCUUUCACUCUCAAUCGCGUUUUCGUCUCUCCCUUUCUCCGAUGUGUCCAAACCGCUGCAGAAGUCGUCACCGCCCUCUCCGCCGUAUCCGACAACCAGGACCCAAAUAACCUCACCGGCGAUGGCGUCCCCAUCGAUCCUUCUAAAAUCAAGGUCUCUGUUGAAUAUGGCUUGUGUGAAAUGAUGAGCAGGGCAGCUAUUAGACUUGAUGUGGUUCCUAAAGAUGGAAACUGGGGUUUCGAUAUACCGAAGAUCGAGGCUCUGCUUCCGACGGGGACAGUGGAUAAGAAUGUGAAAAGGGUCUAUGAAAAGUUGCCCCAGUGGGAAGAAGAUCCUUACUUGCAAACAAGGCCUAGAUAUAAGCAAAUAGUUAAAGAUCUUGCUGACAAAUAUCCUACUGAGAACUUGCUGCUUGUCACACAUGGGGAAGGAGUUGGGGUGGCAUAUUCUUCAUUCCAAGAGGAGGUUGAAGUGUAUGAUGUUGAUUACUGUGGUUACGUCCAACUCAGACGCCCGAUUUUCAAGAAAGACCAAUCAUUCACUGCAGGAGAAUUUGAAGCUGUUAUUCACAAUGGUCAAACUGGUAUAAAAUGCACCCAAAAAAACAAAACUUCACUAUAAUGGCCAUCUACACCUCCGAGCCUGAUUCUCACUUGCUACUGUGGCUACUUUAUGUUUCAUUCCUCCAAAGACUAAAUGACUUCUGUAUUGAGAAUGCUUGAUUCAGUAGGAACACAUAAACACCAUUAUUAUUCUUCACUCGAUUGAAUGGUAAACAUAGGAUGAAAAGAAAAGUGUUAUAAUCAGAAUAAGUUAAUGGAUACAUUAUAUGAAUUGAUAGAACUCUAUGGUGAUGGAUGAUCUAAGUAGACAGUUCUACUUAUGAGAAUCCUUGGUUUGUUAUUACUGUUGCAUUUGGCUUAUUCUAAUAGAAUACCUUUUUUGUCACCCCUAUGUUUGUUAUUUCUGUGUUGUACAUAUAAAGUUUGUCUUUAGGAAAUAAAGGAGGAAAAUGCUUGUAAA